CAGUCCGUUGGAGUGCAAGGCUGGCCUGGGCUGAUCUUAUACGUACAGAGAGUGAAUUGAGAUACAUGCAAUAAUCAUAAUCCCGCUUUUUGUCAAAGAGCCGCACCUUUCGUCUGUCACCCGUCCUGUAAACAGUCAAAAUAUUGCCUCAGCCGCAUUGACCCUGAAGAAGAGUACAGAAUCCCACUGGCCUCUCCAGUUGAGAUGAGCAGUCCAGAUGCAGGUUACGCUAGCGACGAUCAGAAUCAGGGAAGGUGUUCUAGGCUGCCCAUGAUUAUGUCGUCAACCACCAUGGCACACUGCCAGUGGGCCGAGGCCACCAGCCCGAUUGGAGAUGGAAACGUGAAAACCGAGCCAGGAGUUGUAGCCUUAUCAAACCCAAGCCGGUCCAAAACUGAGCCGAGGAUUCGUAGACCCAUGAAUGCCUUCAUGGUCUGGGCUAAGGACGAACGCAAACGGCUGGCACAGCAGAACCCAGACUUGCACAACGCAGAGCUCAGCAAAAUGCUUGGUAAAUCGUGGAAAUCACUGUCUCUUGUGGAGAAGCGCCCCUUCGUGGAGGAAGCCGAGAGGUUACGGGUGCAGCACAUGCAAGAUCACCCAAACUACAAGUACAGACCUCGUCGGAGGAAACAGGUGAAGAGGAUUAAACGAUUAGAUGGGGGUCUAAUGAUGGCUAGUAUGACAGCAGAGCAGCAAGGGUCCGGAAUUGUAACCACUGGUGACGAGACCCUCAGCCUCCAGCGCUACCAUCACCACCACCAUGAAACGAGUUAUCAACUGGCCCAUAUGAGCAACCACUACCGCGACCCUCCAGCGUAUGAUAGCUACAGUCUGCCCUGCACUCCGGAGACAUCUCCGUUGGACCUGGGGGAGACGGAUGCAAUGUUUUUUUCUUCACAACUCCAAGAAGAGGACUGUCAUAUGAUGCAUUAUAGCUAUCACCAGCAGCCUGCAACAGACUAUUCUCAGUUAGAUGGACAAACUAGUUCCCUACUACGCAGGCAAAUGUCGCCAGCAGAUACCAUGCAGUUUAACUCCCUGCAGGGUUUGAUGAGUUGCCCUAGUUCGCUGGCUAUGUACUAUGGCCAUAUGCUCCCCACAGGCAACCAUAGAAGUCACCAUCCAUCGCUGCAACAGCAUUCCUGUCAAAAUUCUUCUGCAACCGAGGGUCAGCCAGUUGAUGCAGGAAUGGACCAUAUGCAUCAUGCUGACCUUUUGGGGGACGUGGACCGCAAUGAGUUCGAACAGUAUCUUGUCUCUGCUCCUAAGUCAGAUAUGCAGGGACUACAGUUCGGAGGGCAAGACGUUGGUGAGGGUGGUUUAAUAUCCUCCGUGCUCUCUGACGCUACUACUGCAAUGUACUACUGUAACUAUAGCACAUCAUAAGGGAUGAUUGCCAGUAGUAAUAGCUUCAACUUCUCGUAAAGACAUCGGACUUCUUGACGACUGUUUUUUUUGUUUGCAAUGAUGCAAUAACAGCACCAGGUAGUGCAGGGGUUGUACGAAGUGUUAUCAUGUGAUGACCAGGAAAGUAUUAUACUGUACAGUAUGAAUUAGGAAAUGCAGGCAGUAGUUUUUACUGGGAGGUGCCAGAUACGUUAUUAAUUUUGUAAAUUCUAGUUUAAAUUAUUUAUAUAAUUUAUUCAAAUAGUUUGUAACACACUUUGAGGCGCUGUUCAUAAAAACUCGAUGCAGUUAGCCCAGAUAGUCCACUUCUCUGGUAACAUUUGCUGCAAGAAAGAACCAGUUCAGUUGUCUACCUUAAUAUAACAAGCUUAUUUCAAGCUGGGGUAUCAGUCUUACAGUUAAACAUCAAGUAUUAUGUUUUUAAAAGUAAGAGGAUGGUAUACUGGUUAAGGUAUUUACCUUAGAAACAUAAGUUGUCGGGUUUAACCCUUACGUAGGGUAAUUGGCUAGGCUUUCAAGGGAAAUCUGAUAGUAACUUAUGAGUCUUAGCAUUGUGUUACCGUUUUAAAGUGCCUCUUGCAGGUGUACUUAACCGUACAUCCAAGUUUUAUACAUGAAUUGCUGGUGUUUGUAAAAAUCAUUGUAAAUAUAUGUAUUUUAUAAAUAUAUUUUGUAUGUUUUGCACUUUUGAAAAUAAAUGAAGGAAGAGUUUUAAAAUC